AGAACUGAACGCGCCAUCUGCUGGAUAGCGAGACAAGAAUUCGCUUGCACAAUCAUUGGGCGGGAAGCUUUCCUCGGGUGUUCGCAAAGCUCCCAUGGAGUUCUUUAUUAAAGCAUGUAACUGACAAUCAGUAUAACUAGCCUAGUUACGUAGCGCAAUCCAUGCUUGCUUGCAAAGUUGUAAACCAGUAAACGAGCGUCGCUUUUAUUUCCAUUCUUCAAGGAGUGCUGUAUGAGUCUAUAAACCAGUCAGGAGCUUGCCUCUUUCUUAGGGCCGAACGAGAAUGCCGCUCGCAAAGCUGCGAAACGUGGUGCUGGAGUACGCGGCCAUAGCCAUCUACGUCAGCGCCAUCUACACCUCGGUGGUGCUGCUGCCCUCGGCGCUCGCGCUGUUCUACCUGUUUGGGGCCACCAGCCCCUCGGCCUGGCUGCUGCUAGCCGCCUUCCUGGCCCUCACCUUCACGCCGCUGCAGCUGACCACCGGUGCGCUGUCGGAGCGGUUCGUGCAGUUCAGUGUGGCGCGGGCGGCGGCCUACUUCCCCACCCGCGUGGUGGUCACGGACCCGGAGGCCUUCCGCACUGACCGCGGCUACUUGUUCGGAUUCUGCCCGCACUCGGCUCUGCCCAUCGCACUGCCCAUCGCCUUCGCCACCACCUCGCCGCUGCUGCCCAAGGAGCUGCGCGGCCGCACACACGGCUUGGCGUCGUCCGUGUGCUUCAGCGCGCCCAUAGUGCGGCAGCUGUACUGGUGGCUGGGCGUGCGGCCCGCCACGCGGCAGAGCAUCAGCGGCCUGUUGCGGGCGCGCAAGGUGGCGGUGCUGGUGCCGGGGGGCGUGCAGGAGGUGCUCAACAUGGAGCACGGCAAGGAGGUGGCCUACCUCUCCAGCCGCACCGGCUUCGUGCGACUGGCCGUGCAGCACGGCGCGCCGCUGGUGCCAGUGUGGGCGUUCGGCCAGACGCGCGCGUACAGCUGGUUCCGGCCGGGGCCGCCGCUCGUGCCCACGUGGCUCGUGGAGCGCAUCUCACGUGCCGCCGGCGCCGUACCCAUCGGCAUGUUUGGGCAGUACGGCACGCCCAUGCCGCACCGCGAGCCCCUCACCAUUGUGGUGGGUCGCCCCAUCCCGGUGCCGGAGCUGGCGCCGGGCCAGCUCGAGCCCGAGCCCGAGGUGCUGGCGGCGCUCCUCAAGCGCUUCACGGACGACCUGCAGGCGCUGUACGACAAGCACAAGGCGCAGUUCGGCAAGGGCGAGGAGCUGGUCAUAAUGUAGGCGCGGGGAGGCGGGGCCGGGGAGGUGUGGUGGAUGGGUGGUGGUGGUGGUGGGGCGCUGGUGCCGUGGUUGUGUGGGGAGAGGGCGCAGCGCAGGUUAUUGCGGCUGCGCCGUGAGAGGUUGACCGGUAAAGAAGCAGGUGUGCCGGGCACCAGGAGUUCUAAAUUCUCAUUUUUGUACGGCCCACUCGGCAGAAAGCUAGCGUAUAGAGAGGCAAAGAGCGGAAGCAGGUGGUGAGGGAAAGAACUGAAUGCUGAUGUCUCAAGACUAAAACUGUUAGUGCUGGUGUGGAAGGCUGGAGCCCGGAGGGCACGUGUAUGUGGCGUGAGUGCAUUUGCCAGAUGGAAGGUGGAGUGGUUGCACCGGUGCCUCCUAAUGGUGGUGUGGAACCUAGCUGUCGCGGGUGUUUGACAUGCAUGCAAGGCCGGGUGCAUUAAGCCCAGUGGACCGCAAGCGGUUCGAUGCAGCAACACGUGCAAGCCAGGCUUGAG